UGCCUUGAACGAGACGAGUCUUGUAUCCUAACCGCGGCACCUGCAGAUAUCUGCGACGUGGCUCACUUGUAUCCCUUUUCGUUGCGCGAUGAAGAGACCACAUCAACUGGAUUGUUCUGGUCUACUCUUCGGAGCUUCUGGUCCGAAGAAAGAGUGAAUGAGUGGCACAAGGCGGUAUUCUCUGAUGUGAGAGGUACAGAGAAGCUGGAGAACUUGGUCCUUCUAAACCCACUAGCGCAUCGCCUCCACUCCAAGGCACUAUUUGCCUUGGAACCAUGCGGGGUCAACGAGGAGAAGACCGAGCUGAGAGUUAAGUUCUGGUGGCUGAAGCCGUCGAGGUCGGAGGGACCUACCAUUCUAUGCGAGAUUCCGGAACUCCCGGCCGACUACAAUCCUGAGUCGGGAGGAAUAUGCCUCUACAAUCCAUUGAGCCACCAAACCAUCAAGUCUGGGGACUGCAUUGUUGUGAGGACACCAGAUCCGGUGCUACUUCCUCUACCUGAUACCAGGAUCCUGGAGAUGCAAUGGCUUCUCCAGCGGCUUGCGGCACUCAGCGGAGCCGCAGAGCCUGAGGAGUUGGAUGAC